AUGCUUUCUGAAUCAUCGCUCAUUCGCCAAGUAACUCUCUUGAUAGGCCAGUAUUUAUGAAUCUCUUCUGCCACAUGCGUGCACGGUGCAACAGUGAACUUCCCCGUGCGCCUUCGCUUCUCCAGAUGGGUUAAGAGAGUCAACAGCACAGAAACCGGAUGGUUCCGUCCCGCGGUGCAAACUUCGGGCUGGUGCAAACUUCGCGGCUCUGCCCGGUAUGAUCGUUUGCAACUUGAGCCUGAGCUGUGCGCAAUGUCCUUGCGGCAGAGCCGGUGGCACGGCGGCAACGGAUGGGUACGAGGAGGUGUCCGGUUCUCUCGCUUCUCCAUCUUUGAGCCCGAAGGGUCACCUGGUGGUGGCGGUGUGCCUGGGCUUCAUCGGCAUCUUUGGGUUCCUCAGUAACUUCUUGGUGCUCCUGCUAUUCUGCAGGUACCGGGCUCUGCGCACGCCCAUGAACGUCCUCCUGGUGAGCAUAUCUGCGAGCGACUUGCUGGUCAGCGUGUUGGGCACCCCGUUCAGCUUCGCGGCCAGCACCCAGGGGCGGUGGCUGAUCGGACGCGCUGGGUGCGUUUGGUACGGGUUCGUUAACGCAUGUUUAGGCAUCGUCUCCCUGAUCACCCUGGCCGUUCUGUCCUACGAGCGUUACUGCACCAUGAUAAAGCCCACCAUAGCUGACGGCAGAGACUACCGCCCAGCGCUUGGAGGGAUCUGCUUCUCCUGGCUCUACUCUGUGGCCUGGACUGUGCCUCCGCUGCUGGGCUGGAGCAAAUAUGGGCCCGAGGGUCCCGGCACUACCUGCUCAGUGGAUUGGAAGACCCAGACGCCAAACAAUAUCUCCUACAUCGUCUCCCUGUUCACCUUCUGCCUGGUCCUGCCAUUCUGCGUUAUCCUCUACUCCUACAGCAAGCUGCUGCACGCCAUCAGACAGGUCCGCAGUGUGAGUUCAGUGGUAAACCGUCGCAGAGAGCUGCGGGUGCUGGUUAUGGUUGUCACGAUGGUGGUGUGCUACCUGGUCUGCUGGCUGCCUUACGGAGUGGCAGCUCUGCUCGCAACCUUCGGCCCCCGUGACCUUUUGACCCCGCAGGCGAGCAUCAUGCCGUCGCUGCUGGCCAAGUUCUCCACUGUCAUCAACCCUUUUAUCUAUAUAUUCAUGAACAAACAGUUCUACAGAUGUUUCAGAGGGUUCCUUAACUGCUCCACCCCUGAGAGAGGCUCCACCCUAAAGACAUUUUCACGGCCGACCAAGACGCUCCGCACCAUCCGCCAGGACAAGGAACACCACGUGACCAAUCCUGCCCCAUCCUCCGCCCUGCCCACCCCCAACUCCAUACACGAGUCCUCUAAGAGAGCCAAUUGCGCGUCUCCGUCUCCAUCGAAUCGACACUCUGCUGCUUCACACAACCCUGCUGCUAACACCCCCAAACCCAAACUGAUUCUUGUGGCUCACUACAGGGAAUAAAAACAGCGAAACAACAACAGGAAGUGAAGGUGUACAGAGAGGAAAGUGACGAGCAGGGCGCAGGUCUCCGAUUAACAAGCAAAUCUUCUAAAUAGAAGAAAAGUUGGAGUCGCAGUAGGAUUUAAAAAUACAAACUGGGACGUUUUAAUCCCAGAACAGGCUAUCAUUGCUCCGUGAAGUGGUCAAACAGGGAUACACACAAAAUGCCAGUCUCAUGGUGUUUACCAGAAGCACUGUAUACACAGCAGGAGAAUAGGGCUAAGCAUAGUGCUUCAUGUUAAGAUUACACACAAAAGAAUCCACAUAAAUAGGUCAAGAUUUUUGCUUGUAUUAAAAAGUAUCUUUGUUACGUUAAUAAAUAAUGUUCUUUCCUAAUCUGAGAAAUAAUUCAGAAACAAUUUGAAGAAGCAUAGCGUUCUUUGGCAGAGAUUUCAUAAAUCAUUCGGUGUUUUUUUGUGUAAAUGAUGCAAUGACAUAUUUUGUCAGCUCAAGUGUGUAGCUUUACUCUUAGCAGGAUUAUUCUUUCUUUUUUAUAUGAUUAUAUGGUUGAAGAAGCGGGUAAGCAUUUUUUCCUGACCCCAUUUCCAUGUGUGAUAUUUGAGGAUUUGAUACAGAGUAUUAAAUAUUUGUCGAACAAUUUUAUGCAAUUUAGAACCGAGAAGGUUUUUAUCAUGCCUUUAUUUACUUUGCUGUAUAUAGGCCCUCUGUCUUUAAUGCUGGGACUGUUAUGAAAGCCAUUAAAAGGGACAUUUCACCAUGUUAUUAGGGACAUGUAAAGAGAUUUCACUGUUUUGAGUUGUCUUGAUGUUUCUGAAUCUUUUGUUUCUCUUUGUUUAGUGGUAAUGUGGUUUUGUGUUGUGGCCCAAUGUAUGUUCAUUUGCUUAUGUAACAUAAAUUACAUCAUGUCACAAACAGA